GAACAACAAAGUGAAACUACUCUGCAAAAGUUAUUAGUAAAACUACUAGGGUUUUGCGUAACGUUUUUCUCAUCAGCACCAUUAACAUGGGAUCCAUUGCUUCUGAAGAUGAAGAAGUUACAGUGGAAGUUAGAGCGGCUUCACCAGCUCACUAUUUGUUGAAAAUUGAGUCUUUCUCCCUACUUUCAGAGAGUGGCGUUGAAAAGUUUGAAUCAAAUGAAUUCGAGACUGGUGGUUAUAAAUGGAAAAUGAUCAUUUAUCCUGAUGGAAAGGGAAGCGAUAAUGGAAGUGAACAUGUUUCAGUUUACUUGGCCCUUUCGGGGACAAGUUCCCUGCCUGCUGGUUGGGAGGUCAAUGCUAUAUAUACCUUUUUUCUGUUCAAUCAACUCUGUGACAAUUAUCUUUCAGUGCGAGGAAAUAUGCGGCGCUUUCACUCUAUCAAGUCCUUGUGGGGAUUUCCCAAAUUUGUGUGUCACAAAACAUUCAAAGAGGCCUCAAGCGGAUACCUUGUUGACGACAAAUGUGUGUUUGGAGCAGAAAUAUUCGUCAUCCAAAGGCAGGCAAUCGGUGAAUGUUUGUCCAUGGUAAAAUCUAAUGACUCAUUUACGCGUGAAUGGAAGAUCUGUAGUUUCUCCAAGCUUGGCGAAGUUUGGUAUUCUGAACAAUUUACUGUGGGAGAUUACAAAUGGCAGCUCAUAUUAUAUCCAAAAGGCAAUGCAAAAAAUAAGGGAAGUAGCAUCUCAAUAUACUUACAAUUUGUUGAUGCUGAGGACUUUGAUCACCGUCAAAAAGUGAAGGCAAAGUGCAGCAUUUGCCUCAAGGAUCAGAUAGAUGGAGAAUACAAUAAGCUAUCAUCUUAUUGGAAUUGGUUUUCAACUACUGUAAAGUCUUGGGGUUAUCCAAAGUUUUUGCCGUUAACUGAGUUGCAUGAUCGGAACAAAGGUUAUCUUUUGAAUGAUUGUAUUGUGAUGGAGGUUGUGGUGGAAGUUGUGUUUAAGCAUACCAUAAAGAGCUUAUCUUGA